AUGCGUGCUUUCGCUCUUCUCAUUGCCUGCCUUGUUGCUAUUGCUGCGGCCGUGCCUGAGAACAUGAUGGAGGACCGCCUCAUGCGUCGAGAAUGUGCGUCCCAAAUCAGGUCUGCGACGAAAAUCACUGCGAUGGUCCAGCAUGCUGUGCAAACGGGACUUGUUGAAUCAACUUUGGGGGAUGCCAAGACCUCAAAAUUCAUCUGGGGCUUGGGGCUUUCGGAUGCGUGCGGCAAAUAUCAUUACUGA